AUCAGAACCCCAAUACAGGCUGGACACUCAAGAUGUUGCGCCGUCAAGCCCGUGAGCGACGAGACUAUCUCUAUCGGAGAGCUCUAACCCUCCGCGAUGCCUCUAUCGCCGAAAAGCGAGCUCAACUGAAAGCGUCGCUGGCCUCCGGCAAACCCCUCGACCCCUCCAUCGCCAACGACAAAGCCCUGCGCGAAGACUUCAAAUACGAUGAGUCGCUCCCCAGUGCAGACAAGGACGCCGAUAAGGUGGACUUGGACGACGAAUAUGCGCUCACCUCGGGUAUCGCCGACCCUCGCCCUAUUGUCACAACUUCUCGAAGCCCCUCUGUCCGCCUCGGUACCUUCGCCAAAGAAGUUCGUCUGCUCCUUCCCACCGCGAUCCGUCUGAACCGUGGUAAUCUCGUCCUGCCCGAUCUCGUCUCGAGCGCAACCGCCGCGGCGCUGACCGACAUGAUCCUCCUGCACGAACACCGUGGUACGCCUACGGCGAUGACCAUCUCCCACCUGCCGCACGGCCCUACGGCCAGCUUCUCCCUUCACAAUGUCGUUCUCCGUGCCGAUAUCCCCGACGCGGCUCGCGGAACCGUCUCCGAGAGCUACCCCCAUCUCGUCUUCGAGGGGUUCACAACCAAGCUGGGUCUCCGUGUGGUGCAAAUCCUGAAGCACCUUUUCCCGCCCCGCGAGGAUGGCAAAGUUGGCAAUCGGGUCGUCAGCUUUGUGAACAAGGAGGACAGUAUCGAGGUGCGACACCACGUCUUCGUCAAGACCGGAUAUCGGGAUGUGGAGCUGGCGGAGGUUGGCCCUCGCAUGACCAUGAGGCUGUUCGAGAUCCGUGGAGGCUCCCUGGAGAAGGGGUCGAGUGGUGAUGUGGAAUGGGCACUCACGCAAUACACGAGAACCAGCAAGAAGAAGGAUUAUUUGUGAGCAAGAGGAUCGGUCAGCUGGCAUUUCGCUGUCAAGCGCAAAAGGCUACAGGAAAAGUUUGAUUUGGCGCAAGAGGUGUUAGAAGGAGCUUCCUGGUCGUGUGUUCGCACCGUUGGCAUUUUACGUCGCUAUUUGUAUACCCAUCUGAAAGAACAUAAAUCAUCUUCAUCUUCUUUUUUUCUUUUUUGGCCCAGUGUAAAGCGCUCACUGCCCGCGCCCUCUGGUGGGGAUCCUGCAGCAUAUAUAUUU